AUGUUGCUGAUAGAUGACAGACUUAGAGACUUACAGAUCUACAAACUUCUUCAGUCCGUUCACCAGAAAGACCAAAAGCAAAUAGAAAAGCUGGUCCGGAAUGGAUUCCCAAAUCUCAUUAACUUCACAGAGCCUGUGGAAGGAUGUAGUGCCCUUCAUUUGGCCUGCAUUAAAAACGAUAUCGACAUGUGUAGCUUCUUGCUGGAACAGGGCGCUCAUCCAGACGUCAAGGACAAAAGUGGACGUACUCCAGCAAUGAAGGCAGCUGAGCUAGGCCACGAGUUGGUUUUGGAUUUAUUAGCAAAAACUAAAGCAGACAUGACUGCUGUGGAUAAUGAAGGAAAAGGUGUUUUGUUUUACUGCAUUUCACCUACAAGACGGCACUACCGCUGCGCGCAAAUUGCCUUGGAUCAUGGUGCAGACGUUAACAACUGUACUACUGAUGGGAAACCUGCAUUUCUACAAGCCUGUGAGCAAGCUCAUGAUAUGAAAGAAAUGUGUCUGAACUUCCUGGAAAGAGGAGCAAAUCCCAAUGCAAGAAACCCGGCUACAGGUCGCACAGCCUUAAUGGAAGCAGCAAGAGAAGGUGUUCUUGAGCUGGUGCGUGCUCUACUGGAGAGGGGAGUCGACGUGAACCUGUUCGACCUUGAGAGACACAGCGCCGCACACUUCGCAGCCAAAGGCGGGUUUUUUGAGAUUUUGAGGAUUAUUUCAGCUUAUAAUGGAGACUUGGGCCUGAUUGCUAUGAACGGUAACACACCACUUCAUUACGCUGCAGAGGGAGGAUUUGCAAAUUGCUGCAAGUUUAUAGGACAAAGAGGCUGUGAUCCUACGUGGACAAACCUGUUAACCAAGACCCCAAGAGCCGUUGCCAAGGAAGGCGGUUUUAAAGCAGCAGCAGCAGCAUUGCGUAAAAUCGAAAACACCUUUAGGAAACAGUCCAAGCCCGGGGCCAAGGAGGACAACCCCCGCUGGGCACUGAGGCUGUACGACUGGUCCUUGGAGCACCAGGCUGCCCUUCGCAAGGCGUUUGAGGCCGUUGACCAAGGAGAUGGGACAGUAGCUACAGAGGACUUUGUGUCAGUCAUUCAGAAGCAAUGUGCCUUUGUGAACGCUGAGCAAGUACAAACUGUGGCGGAAAUGCAUGAAGGAUCUCACCUGGAUGGAAUCGACACUGAGGAAUUUUUUAAAGGCUCUAAAUACCUGCAGAAAAGCUGUCUUAUAACGUCCUUUACACCCAAACGCAAGAAGAGGAAGAAAGGGAAGAAACGAAGAGGCCAAAGAGGCAUCGCCGUCCCCGUGCCGAUUUGUGUCAUUCCGAAGAGCGCGUCUCCGCGUAGGGAAGGCGGCUUCCCCGCGUACAUGAUCGAGGCUGUUCAGAACACUGCCGAGAGCCACCGUUUUACCCGGGGCCACCCGUCUGCCCAUCCCGUGCAUGACGACCGUGCCUGGUAUAUAGAGGAGCCAAGGAAAACGUACAUGAACAUUAACUACCUCGUCAGAGCAGGAGACAUUCUGUCCCUACAGAAAGCGUUUGAGGAAGGUGUGCCAGUAGACACCAAAGAUAAAUAUUACAAAACACCUUUGAUGGCUGCAUGUGCAAGCGGGAACAUAGUUGUUGUGCAGUAUCUUCUGGAAAAGGGGGCUAAUGUAAACGCCACAGACAACUUCCUGUGGACUCCUCUCCACCACGCGUGCUAUAACGGACACCUGGAUAUCGCUGAACUGAUGGUGAAGGCUGGAGCAGCCGUGGAUGCACCUGCAAUAGGCAACGCAACCCCACUCAUGAGAGCCAUCGAGAUCAGCAGAUUGGAUAUAGUCUAUUUUUUAAUCAGUGCGGGUGCUGACAUCCAAACUACAAACAGCAAUGGAAAGAAUGCUCUUGAUAUUGCGGAAGUAUUUGCAGAUUCUAGAAUAAUUGAUCUGCUCCAAAAUAAACUGGAAAAUUUGCCAAAAGUACCAGAAAAAAAAGCAGCAGAGAAACAAAAAGCUGUGAAGCCAAAGUCACCUGCUACCCUGAUGCCUGUAGAGGUCCAAGCUGUGAAAAGAGAGGUAUGAGAUGUUCUUCUCUUUCAUCCUUCACAGAUAUCUCCGCCAGUUGCAGAAAAAUCCGUCUCUGAAAAGACAAUGCAUUCCCUUAAGGACAGUGUUAUUUAUCUGAACUCGCUGAUAACCAGUGGUGCUGCUAACAGAGAUGACAUCACAUUCAAACCCAGGAAAAUUUGGGCCCCUGAAGCCGCAACAGAAGAGCUAGUAAAAAAGCAAGAACUGCUCCAUGAACGCUUUGCUCUCCGUGGCCACUCAGAAAGCGUCACAACCCCCUUUGAUAGAAAAGUUAUGCAAUAA